UACCUGAAGAUGUACCACUUAGUAUCAAAGCAUUCCCUGACAAAUAUUCUGUGAAAAUGUCGUUCACAUUUCCUGCUAUUUCGAAUGGUGUUAUAACAAUGGCUGAGAGCCAUAUUACAAGAAACAAUGAAGAAGUUGUUUUUCAAAAUCACACUAUCGGAUUUGCUCAAACGUUUACAAACCAAAACGGGCAAGCCUCAGUUGUAAAUCUUCAGCCAUUUACGAAUUAUAGCAUUAAACUGAGGAUCUGUACUAGUGUUGGAAGUGGACCUUGGGGUGAUACACUCCACACCGCUACCCUAGAAGCAG